AUGAAACGCCUCUGUUUUCCAGGACUCACCGAGCGCUGCGCAUCUCUACAAGGUUUCCUCAUCUUUCACUCGCUCGGAGGUGGAACAGGCAGCGGCUUUGCGGCAUUGAUGAUGGAGCGUCUUUCGGUCGAUUUUGGAAAGAAGGCGAAGCUCGAGUUCAGCAUCUAUCCUGCUCCUACAAUCAGCACAUCAAUGGUGGAACCGUACAAUUCUUUGCUCACUACUCACACCACUAUCGAGCAUUCUGAUUGCUCCUUUAUGCUGGAUAACGAGGCCAUCUACGAGAUCUCGAAGACGAAUUUGAACAUAAGGAGCCCAACGUAUACCAAUCUCAAUCGUCUUAUUGCUCAGGUGGUCUCUUCGAUCACAGCUUCCCUUCGAUUCGAUGGCGCACUCAAUGUUGAUCUCACUGAAUUCCAGACAAAUCUCGUUCCGUAUCCGAGAAUACAUUUCCCCCUCGUUACAUACGCUCCCAUUAUAUCUGCCGAAAGAGCUUACCACGAACAAAUGACCGUUUCCGAAAUCACCAAUGCUUGCUUUGAGCCUGGUUGUCAAAUGGUGAAGUGCGACCCUCGUAAUGGAAAAUAUAUGGCAUGCUGCUUGCUUUUCAGAGGAGAUGUUGUGCCUAAGGACAUCAACUCGGCAAAUCGCCGUAAUCAAGCAGCGAAAACGGCAUUCAGUUCGUGGACUGCUGUCCACCAGGUUUCAAAGGUAGGUAAUCUAACUACCAACACCGACAGGUUGUUACCGAAUGGUGAUCUUGCUAAGCUUGCAAGCGUGCUGUCUGCUGCUUUCCAAAUACAACAGCUAUCCCCAGGUAGGCAGCAAUGA